AUGUUGAAAUUCGUGUGCCUGUUCGCGCUGCUCGCCUCCACGGCGGCGGCAGCCUCCGAGGCUGACAGCUUGCUGACGAGCGCCCUCAAGAUGGUCAAGGAUUGCGGCGAGCGUUCCAUGUUGUUGUGCAUGAAGGAACGCGCCCUGCACUACUUCGACACGGAGAAUGGCGAUGUGCGUCUAACCGAGGGCAUUUCCCUGGUCAAAACCGAUGAGAUUCCGGUGGGUCGCGCCUUGAACGAUGUGACGCUGCCGGAGGAGGCGGAGGCACGCGAAAGUGAGGUCGAUUCCCUGCUGGUGGAGCGUGUGGCACGCUUCUUUGGCACACAUACGCUGCAGUUCAAGGUGCCCAAGGACUCCAUACAGGACAUGCAGCGCGCCCUCGAGGAAUCACGCGGCAAGAAGAAGGAGAAAAAGAAGUACCUGAUGCCGCUGCUGAUGCUCUUCAAGCUGAAGAUGGCCGCUCUGCUGCCGCUGGCCAUUGGCUUCCUGGCGCUGAUCUCGUUCAAGGCCCUGGUCAUUGGCAAGAUCGCACUGCUGCUCUCCGGCAUCAUUGGCCUGAAGAAGCUGCUCGAGUCCAAGAAGGAGAACUACGAGGUCGUUGCGCAUCCCCACUACGAGCACGAGCACAGCUACGGCCGAUCGCUGCAAGGCGAUGAGGCACAGAACUUGGCCUACGCGGCGUAUAAGCAAUAAGUUGCCAAAUACAACAAAACAACAACAAAUUAGUGCAAUACACAAAAGGAAAAAAGAGAGA